CGGCCUGCAUCUCGUGCACGUUGAAAACACUUGUGAGUAGCUACAAUCUCGUCCUGAGACACUUGCUCAUACAACAACACAAGCCGUCCGAUCCUGCCAUGGCCGGUCCAGCUAUAGGCGCCAAUGCUGCCCCACCGAUCAACGUCCCUCAGGCUCGGCUUCCGCCCGAGAUUUGCGAGCGCAUCAUCGACCAUAUCGGUUGGAUUCUCAACGAGGACAGAUCAGCUCUGUUGAACUGCGCCCUCGUUUGCCGAGGGUGGUACGCCAAGAGCCGCGCGAUCUUUUUCACGUACCCCCAGCUCCGCACUCCGAAACAGGCAGUCGCCUGCGUGACAUCAUUGAAGCAGAUACCUCUCCUCGCUACCCGUGUGCAAUCGCUACAGAUCGGGUCUUAUUCAGAUCCGCAGACCGUUGUGACAGGUCCAGAGUUGGCAUCAAUUCUCUUGCUGCUGGCAGGGAAACUUCCAAAGCUGAAGUCGCUCAGCUUACCGCACGUCAGCUUUGAGCACUGCUCCAUGCGCCAUUUAGCGUUUUGGAGUCUGCACGAAUUCAGCCAUAUCGUACACUUGUACCUACGGAAUGUGACAUUGCCAUCGGCGAGCCCCUUCGUUCAGGUCAUCUGUUCAUUUCCUCAUCUGCAGUUCCUUUCUUGCUACAAUCUGUGCUGGAGCAAACCAAGGUCUAUGGCUCCACUGCCUGAACGCCACCGCAUGCCUUUGACGACAGUGACUUCUCUUCACUAUGACCUGUCGUGCCUUGAAGACAUCCGACAUGUUCUUCUCGGUCUGCUGGAUCAAGCAAUCCUCCAAGAACUUCGCCUAGAACCCGCAGUCUCUGAGGCGGCUCUUUCUUUUACUCAGGACAUGCUGAACAUGGCUGGCACGAGACUCGAGCACGCAGCAAUACCCCUCAAAGCACCAGAGGAAGAUACCGGUGACAAUUUCCAGUCCUUACUCUCAAAUGUCAAUCUGCAGGGACUGUUUCUAGCAAUCAGUUCUUCAGAAGUGAAUGAUAUUGCACAGUUUGUCCGGAGUGUGCUGCCGCCUCUGAUCAGCACAAUAUCAUCAAAAGGUCUCGAAGGUAUCCGUCUUGAUAUAGUCUGCAGUCAGAUUGACGAGCUUUUGGCUGAGGGACAUUUCACUAAACUGCAAGACGUAUCAAUAGAAUUCGAGGAUGCCCUGUUGGAUGGCUCACAGCAUGUUGCAUUCUGCACAGAGAUCUGUGCCCGUUUUCCUAAACUGAACGACAAGAACAUGUUGAUAGAAUACAAACCAAAUUAUAAAGAUUACCAAUGUCCAAGUGAGGCUGAGAGAGCAUUGAAAGCGAAACAACUGGCCGAAAAGCCGCCUCGUCCAACUGAGCAAGCCGCCACAUAGAUAAAUCCUGUCUUUGCGCUCAUGCCACCUCGCCUUCACUUUCCUCUCCAAAUUAUCCCGGAUGUGCAGCUCCUACGGCGGCACUCCCCCACCCCCUCCACGGCCAAAUUC